UCUAUUUCUGUGCAGGCAGCUGAGUGGUCAGCUGGAAUCACGGGGUCCUUUCUCCUGUAGGUGACAUUCAGUCUGCUAGCAGGACCCGGCUCAGCAGUUAGCAUCUACUAAAGCUUCAACAUGGCUCAGGCUGUGCAGAAACUGGUCGCUAAAGUACCGACCCUGCUCGGCGCCGCUGUCACCUUCUCAAAGCCUCGGCUAGCCACCUUCUGGUACUAUGCCCGGGUUGAACUGGUUCCUCCUUCUCCUGCUGAGAUCCCCAAGGCCAUCGAGGGGGCCGCUAACGUCAUCAAGGGCUUCCAGUCAGGACGUCUGGGUCAAACCACAGUGAAGGAUGCUUUUAGGAAUGGACUGGUGGCCACUGAAGUGCUGAUGUGGUUCUACAUUGGAGAGUGCAUCGGCAAAGGAGGCAUCGUUGGCUAUGCUGUCUGAAAUUUAGACUGUUAUGCUUCUUUUUUUUCUUCUUUUGAGCGUUGUACGCUCAACUUCCUGCAACAAUCCGGGGAACCAAUAAACAGAUAUCUAUUGUUAAAAAAAAA